AUGCCACGCUUCAGGACAAGACCCUCAAGAAAGACGCGGUCAUCGUCAGGCUCAAAGAAGAAGCGGGACAAGGCUCAGUCCAGUGCCAAGCAAGGCAUCGAUGGUGACGUGCGACUCGCUUCAAAAGGCAAGCAGAGGGAGAUCGGCAUGAGCAACCUGGUCGCGAGAGCUGAACCGUCUGACGCUCCGUUUAUCCCAGGCUUGAUGCUCCCCAGCUCCAGCGCUGUCUCUUCAGCCACUCACUCACCAUCGAACAUCGCUUCUCCCACUUCUACUGCGGUCACCAAUCCCCUUGCUACCAUCCAUCACAACACGCCGCUCAUCCUGUGCAUUGUGAUCGGCGCUGUAAUUGUCACAGCGACGCUCUCUGUCGGUCUCGCUUGGAUCCUACGCCUCGCCUGCUGUGCAGGCGAACGACGCGCCAGACGAAAGCGAAGACUUGACCGAUCCACGUGGAGUCCAUCCGACCAUGACUCGAUGCGCCGCCGAGACGAGACAGAAGCGCGUAAAUCGUUUGAUAGCGUUACCGUCACCGGCGACGACGAUCUCGAGGGCAAGGAUGCCAAAAUCGAUUCUUUGUUCAGAGAUACGACCAAUGACUCCAAUGCUAGCCACGACAUGCCCGUGCUUAACUAUGCUGAUGCGGGAAAACCCAAAGUUCAAGGGACCCCAGUGAGCACGUGGAAUGGCAAAGGAUGGACCUUGUUCGAUCCACCUGUUGCUCCCAUUCAGGCCCCAAAGCCUGCAGCAACAGGCACAUCCGCUGUUGGCAUACGAGGCGGAAACUACGGAGCUGCACGACAAGAGCUUGCCGAUCAAGACGUUGGAGGUUUCACCUGGCCUUGCUCGGUAGAGCGUCAACCUAGCUUCAUCGAGCGCCUUGUCCAGCGACACCAUCAAGCAUCGGACCUACCUACCGCUGCUCCUCUACCCUACCCAUUCCAAGCCAAGCCCAUGCAACCCGCCUCUCGAAUGGCGAGUCUAGGCGGAGCUGCCAAUCGAGCUGUUAUGAACAUGCUUCCCGUCACUCUGCGCAACGCUGCCACAACAGCGUCGCGCCAGCGUGCUACGCGAAAGCGUUACCGGGACAUGCAACCUUAUCUCGACAGCGAUUUGAAGGGAAUCGAGCCCAGUCGUGGCUCGUUACUUUCUUUCCCAGUCAUGGAAGGUGAUCGACGAAGCCGAUUGCUUGGCAAUGUUGGCCGCUGGCUUGGGCAGAUGACAGAGGCCGGCGAGGUUGCUGACCCAUACACGCCGCUAUCACCACGGCCCGAUUGCAGGUUGACCAAGAACGGCAGCCUGCGCAGCGACUACACCUCAACGACACUUGCUGACUCGACGACCGCGUCCAACUCCGGGACGCACGUCGACGCACGAACCACGACGAGCGGUGCCGGAAAGUCGGAGCGUCUGCUCGAGCGCGUCGAUGCCGAUCAGGCUGAACACGACCGUCAGCAACGCCGACUUCUGCGAAAGGCACGCAAGUUCACGCCUUCCGUCAACGUCAACGUCGACGUCGACGUCAACGCACAACCAGACACGGCAAGAGUGGACAGUGAAACGGCUGUUACCGAAGAGGUGAAUGUGAGCCGCGCUCCCAGCAUUCGACCUCAGUUUUGCGCCACCACCGACCUCAAGAGCUGGCUCGAGCCCAACAAGAUGUCGACUAUGCACGCCUUCAAGGUGCUCGAAGAGUCGGACGCUACCAGCAGUAUAGCCGAUCCCUUUGCUUCGGAUGUCGAGCGCAGGAAGCCGAAACCGACUGUUGAGACACGGUGCUCCAAGAAACUGAGAUCUUCGAGCUCAAAGGAGCAGCUACGAACUAGUGCAAAAGAUGCAAGCCGAAAGAAGCGUGCUCAUGCUCGACCUGCGCAUCCGACGGCCGCGAACGAGGCCGGUGGUGAGCCACUCGCGUCUCGCUGCCAAAGCUCGGCUGCCGUUACGGUGGUUUCGUCGGUGUUUGACGAGGCAUUUGCUGCCGAGCUGAACAAAGCUCGAGCUGCUGCCAAGAAAACAGCUCGAGCGUCGAAAUUCAACCACGAUGCCAUGGCUAAGGCCAAAGCGGAGGCUGAUGUAGCGAUGAGGGAAGCUUGGAGGAGACGCAGGAUGCUGUCCGUCAGCUCUCGUGAUAGUCAACGAAGCCGCACCACCCGGACGAACACGACCCGCAUGCGCUCGCAGAGCCCGAUACCAUCCCUAAUAAGCCGCAAGGAAAGCGUGCGAUCUCAGCCCAGCGUCUACUCUGAGCUGACGGCGCCGUCAGACUACGCGUUCCAGGCUCCUCUUCUUUCUGAAUCAGCACCGAGUGCACUGUUGACGCGCUGUGGAACAAGCGUAAUCGAAACCAUGUCGGAAAGCCAAGAGACGCCCAGGCAGGAUGAGGUGCUGAUCAACAAGCAACUCGAAAAGCAGCUCAAGAGGCAGGCCAAGAAGGAGGCCAAACGCGAACAGAGACAUGCGGAGCGAUCGCAAGCCAAGCAAGUUCGCGCCUCUCAAGCUCUUCCUUCCGUUGAAGAGAUGCCUCGGCCUGACUUGCACCAGAGUUUCUCCACAGGACUGUCAGCUGCGGCAGCACGAGAUGCUGAGUCAGUACGACGUGUCAUCCGCAAGCAACGUUCCAUCUCGCUCGGAGCUGUGCGCAGCCAGCUCAACCUGAACCCUGCAGACUUGGACCACAUCAACGCAGUUCCAGAUUCGCCAUGGACCUCGAGCGAUUCCGACAUCAGCAUCCGUCGUUGGGGCGAGCCUCGUCGAGACGACCCUGUUCGCAUGCAGAACCAUCGCGCAAGUGCUGCUCGUCACCAUCAUUCGAGCUCCAUCCCUAACGUGCUCACAGACAUGGCGGGCAGACGUAGCAUCCGUUCGGCUUCCCAAAACGCGAGAUCCAACAGCUACUACUUUGGUAUGGGAGCCGGAGGUGAUUUGCGAGACUUUUGCUGA